AGAUUCGCUUAGGGAAAGAGGCACCCGGUCGCCGGCUGCAUCCAACAACAUGUCCUCAGCUCUCUACUCCCCAUGGCGGCCACUCGUCAUUUUUUACGGUAUUUGCUGCUAUAGUGCCACUGCCUUUAUGUCGAGCACGCCAUUUUGUACCCGUGGUGUGCCAAAGUCCAUUAGGAGUAGAAGCUUUGGGUCAUCACGGUUGGCCAGCACUAUGACCGUGACGGCUGCGGACAUCACGACGGCAGGUAAACUGGGCGAGGCUGAGACAAGCGCUCUCUCCGACAAGUACAAGAGUGUCCUAUAUUUGGCCACCGAUAAGGGCGCAGACAAAGGCAUUGAGCCCAACGGAUUCGCCUCUCUACGUGGACUUACUACUCGUCAUUUGCCGGUUGAUGUGAAGGACGGGCUUUCGCUACAACUGGCCACGGAUGCCCUACAGGCUUUGGACGAGCUGCCCGCCCCCGCCUUAGUGGUCUGUAGCUCGGGGGGGCGGGCCUCCGCAGUGCAGUGCCUCCGUAAGGCGACAGAGGAGGGGUGGACGAAAGACCAAACACUCGCUUACGCGCUGGAAAUGAAGUUACCGUUCGUAAAGAAUCCGAGCCUCAAAGAUUGGGUGCUGGCUACCGUCGCCGCCAGGGAAUACAAGGACGAGCUUCCAUUGCUGUUCCGUCCCCUAUACGAAGAGACGUCCUGGACUUACACCUUCUUAUUGGGCUGCCCCGUGACCAAAGAGGCCAUCCUGAUCGAUCCAGUGGAUCUGACUGUGGAGAGGGACUUGCAGGUGAUCAAAGAGAUGGGCCUCACCCUCGUGGCCGCUCUCAACACGCAUUGCCACGCCGACCACGUGACGGGAAGCGGACUCCUCGCACAGAAAGUACCGGGCUGCAAGUCCAUGAUCGCAAAAAUAUCGGGCGCCAAAGCGAGCAUUCAUUUGGAGCCCGGGAACCGGGUUCGAUUCGGGCGUCGUUAUGUGGAAGCGCGUGCCACGCCGGGGCACACGAACGGAUGCAUGACUUUCGUCACGGACGACAUGAAGAUGGCUUUCACAGGGGACGCAUUGUUGAUCAGAGGCUGCGGGCGCACGGAUUUCCAGCAGGGAUCUCCAGAGACGAUGUUUGAGAGCAUCUGGACGCAGAUUUUCUCCUUACCGCACGAGACCUCGGUGUAUCCGGGGCAUGACUACAGGGGCCGGCUGAUGUCGACCAUCGGGGAGGAGAAACGCUUCAACUCCCGUUUGUCCGGAAAGUCGAAGGAGGAAUUCAUAGAAAUCAUGAACAAUUUGAAACUGGCGUACCCGAAGAAGAUCGACGUGGCAUUGCCGGCCAACCUGGUGGACGGGGUGCUGGCUAGCUAGGAAAGUGGGUUACCUGGCUAGCUAGGGAGGGUUACUCGUCUCAAGUUCAUGGCGAGCGAAUGAAUGAUCGGGAGGGACUAUGAUCGGGAUGGUCGGCGGGCAAUUAUGCAGGGCAUGCUAGUAUGAGUGCAAGGUAGAAUGCUACGGACGUCAUGGUGAAGCUCGACGACGCUUCCCACAAUCAGAUAGCGGUGGGUCUCGGUUGGGACGCAUAACCUCCAUUUCUGCCCUUGAACGACCAAAGAAAGAAGUGGAAAAAAUACAA